AUGAAGAUCGAGGCAUCGGCUCUCAGGCAGCUGGGCAUCAAGCAGAUUGAGGAGAGGGCUGCAGAGAUCAAGGCGGACCUGGCGGCCCUCCGGCAGAAGAAGAACAGCGGGGAUGUCGGCGCGAACGACAUAAAGACGGCCAAAAAGAACUUGGCCCGCGCACUCACUGUCCGGCGCGAGAAGAUUCUUGAGGAGCUGGUUGAGGCGUACAGGGGAACUCCUGUCUCCAAGCUUCCGAAGGAGCUCAGACCCAAGCUGAACAGGAGCAAGAGACGGGCCCUUACAAAGACACAGCUUAGAAGAAAGACAAGGAGACAAAGAGCAAGAAUGAGUAAGUUCCCGAGGGUUAUAUUUGCCUACAACGAAUAA